GUCAUCAGUACAUAUCACGCCAAGCUGCAGACCUCUGAAUAAUCGCCUGCGAGCACUUAUUCUUACAUGAUCAGUCCAGUUUGUAGUAGACCUAUAUUCUUCACACUCUAUACACGUCCGUUAUGCACCGCAAUGGAGCAGGAUGGACAAACCAAUAGGAGCGGCUCCCGCCAGCCGCUCCACUCCGCUGGGCCGGAUGAGUCCGCUGGGGAACAAGCUUCCCGCGAACCCACCCAGGUAUCUGACACUGGGCGCGCCUACUCGCAGGUGGCAGCGGAAAAACACGCUGUCAUGAUCGCGGAGGUCUGGCAGAACGCAGUCCAGUUUGCAGUCCCUUGCCUAUCUUCCACUUCAGAACACCAUAGCACCGGUGAUCAGUCUGGGUUGUGGCCACAGUUGCGACCUAGUGCUUGCUCUCUCAUUCCUUAUUAGGUUUAGUGCCCGCGGCAAUUAGUGGUUUCUCUCAUCUUCUUUCAACCUCAUUUUUUAUCCUGCCACCCCAUUUUCAUUCC